UUGUCAGAUUUCGCCCUCUGCGACCUCUAUGAAACUCUUCAAGUUUCCAAAUCUGCCUCUACUUCCGAGAUAAAAAGUGCCUAUCGUCGACUUGCAAAAAGAUUGCAUCCGGAUGUCAACCCCAAGCCUGACGCAAAUCGAAAAUUUAUAGAACUGAACGAAGCCUAUGAGGAUUUGGAUUUCCAAAGCUAUCGACUGACGCAUCUCCCACUCACACGCUCUAUACCACUGAUGAUAUUUGGAUACUCCGAUUUUUGUCCUCCCUGUCAUCGUAUUCAACCACUGUGGUCUCAAUUGGCUGAUGAACUCACCCCGAUGGGUGUCUGUUUUGGUUCUGUUAAUUUGGAACACGAUGCCUCGUUACGUGACGAGUUACGUGUUUUUCAUGUUCCCACGGUGAUUAUUGUUGUUGAUGGAAAGGAAAGUCUUCUUCUUUUUCAUGAGGACGCUGAGCAUCCGGUAUUUAAAAUGUCACGUCGGAAGUUGUUACCCGCGGAGUUGGAUCAAGCUAUUCGGUCAUAUAGUCAACUGACUAUUCCUCGAAUUUAUAGUACUUCCCGUCUUCUCGAUCUUUGUCCAACGGAUGGUGGAGAACCGACCAAUCCUUACGCCUCGGAAUCUGAGCUGCGAAGAAGCAAUGAGGCAACUCACGGUCAUUCCAGUUCGCAUCAGUCUCAUCGACAUGUGUGUUUGAUCCUUCUGCUGCACUCGGAAUUGGCUAAUCUAGAGAACGAUAAGGGUCACGCGGAUGUGUGGAUGCAUAUGUUACGCGAAGUUGUUCCAUAUGCACGAGCUCAAUUGCAUCAUACAUACGGAGGAACUUUAGUCAAUCAGUUCCAACCGGCUCAUGUUUACGUGGAUCGCCAGGCUGCCUGGCUUCGACAAUUAUUUCGGCAUGCUCAUGAAGGAGUUGGAUCGUAUACGGAUGAUUCCCAGCGGAAAAAAAUGGACAUAACGCAUUUAGGUACGUCAAAAACUGCUAUUCACUGGUAUCCCGGGGGACAGAUGUUGAAUUUAAUUGCUCACUAG